GAUUAUUAUAAACCCAACCCUCCCACCACUCUCAAUCAUUUCAAAACCAUUCCUUUCCCUCUACACUCUCACUAACCCCUCACCUUUUACAUCCUUGCUCUUGUAAUUCUCUUCCAAUAAAUACCUUUCAAACUUGUGGCAUAACUUCCAAACAGAACUUUCACACCACAUAUCAUAAACUUUCAAGUUUCAACCAUGUCCAUUACAGGACUCUCAGAAACAUCUAAACUUUACAAGAAAUCGUUUCAUCGCAGAAACGAUUCUGAUGAGCUUGAUGUGUUCGAAGCAUCAAGGUAUUUCUCAGGAUACAAUGAAGCUGUGGGUUAUAGUGGUGCAACUUAUACACAAAGAGUCAUGAGAGAAGAUCAUAGAUAUCCUUGGAGAGGAGGAAGAAUGAGCUUAGACGUACCGAUGAGAAAUCCACUACCUCAGCAGUCUCAUACAGUGGAAAAACAAAUAUUGAAAGAGAAGAAAUACAAGCAACCAAGAUCUCCAGGUGGUAGAUUAGCUAGCUUCUUGAAUUCUCUCUUCAAUCAAACAAGUUCUAAAAAGAAGAAAUCAAAGUCUGCCACACAAUCAAUGAAAGAUGAGGAUGAAAGCCCCGGUGGAAGAAGGAAAAGGAGGAGCAGCAUUAGUCAUUUUCGAACCUCAAGCACUGCUGACACAAAAUCUUUGUAUUCUUCUUCGAGUUCUGGUUUUAGAACACCCCCUCCUUAUGCACACACUCCAAUAAAGAGCUACAAGGACUUUAGAAGCUAUUCAGAUCACAAACAAGUACUUUCCUUGUCAAAGCACAAUGGAAAUGUGAAAUCCACAGUCCUCCAGAAUGAGGUAUUGGAUGAUAAAAGGAACACAGACUUAUCGUGGUUGGAUGAGAAAUUUAAAUGCAGUGACACUUUUGCUGAGAAACCCAAGAGCCUUGGUCAUCGAUAUUUAGAGAAAGAUAGGAUAUGGGUUGAUCAGUAUCAACCAGAGGAUAAGAUAUUUAGAAAGUUCGAUGAGGUAGAUGAUGGAGCUGAGAGCGAUUCAAGUUCUGAUUUGUUUGAAUUGCAAAACUAUGACUUGGGUAUCUAUUCAAGUGGUCUGCCUGUGUAUGAGACAACAAACAUGGAUAGCAUCAAAAGGGGAGCACCAAUUUCCAAUGGCACCCUCUAGACUGUACAUUUUCCCCUUGUUGAUGUGUUCUUUGUUGUUACCAUUAGAAGCUGUGAGAAGAACAUUGAUGUCCUAGAUUUUGCAAUUUCUUUCUAUGGCUAUCUGCUUUCCGUGCUGUUUCUUUGUAUGUACAGUAUGUAAUGUUUCUUUGUCUUUCUCUUCUCUCUGCUUUUUUAUUUUUGGGGCUGGAUUGCAAGAAUAUUAGAAGUCUACCAUUGGAUUGUCUUGCUUAGAUUGUGGCAUGAUUAGUGAUUUUUCCACUAAAUUGACGGAGAAGCAAAAACAUUAUCAACC